AUGAUUGAUGAUUCGUGGUUUAUUCUAAAUAAUUGCUCAUUAAUUUCAAAACAAUUCUUUAAUGUGAUCAAGGAACGUUCAAAACUCGAUAUUGAAUUUACAAAAGAAUUAACAGAGAAACGAGUUGAAUUAUUCAUGAAAAGUCAAUUUGUGAAUAGUAUUGUUAAUGUUAGAUUUUCUAACUAUUUUCUUGAACAAGUCAAGUUCAUCAGUGAAAUGAAACAAUUGACAUCACUUGAUAUUUCUUACCAUAAUAUUGGUGAUGAAGGAGCCAAAUACAUAAGUGAAAUGAACCAAUUGACAUCACUUAAUAUUGCUACCAAUCGAAUUAGUGAUGAAGGAGCUAAAUUCAUCAGUGAAAUGAAACAAUUGAUAAUACUUGAUAUUUAUGAAAAUGAAACUGGUGUAGAAGGAGCCAAAUACAUAAGUGAAAUGAAACAAUUGACAUCACUUAAUAUUUAUGAAAAUGAAAUUGGGGAUGAAGGAGCUAAAUACAUCAGUAAAAUGAAACAAUUAAUAUCACUUAAUAUUGCUAACAAUCGAAUUGGUGUAGAAGGAGCCAAAUUCAUCAGUGAAAUGAACCAAUUGACAUCACUUUAUAUUUAUGGCAAUGAAAUUGGUGAUGAAGGAGCCAAACUCAUCAAUGAAAUGAAACAAUUAAUAUCACAAAUACUAUAA